AUGGAUUUUCCGAACAGUGCUCAAGACAUUGUUCGGUGUGAUUUUUGUGAAAUUCGAGUUGUACAAAGUUAUUGUGAGAUUUGUCAUAACAAUCUGUGUAAGACCUGUGUAGGGGAACAUCUAUCCGACUCUACCAGAAGACAUAGAGUCGUACCGUUUAAAGAAAAAACUUCAAUGCCUGAUUUACCAAAAUGCCAUGAACCAGAGAUCCUCACCACCAUAGAUACUAGGUAUGAAAACAUAUUCAGCGUUACCUGUCUCAGUGAUGAAGAAAUCUGGAUACGAGGAAGUGAAAAUAUCUUAAGACUCUUCAACCUCCAAGGUGAACUACUGAAGUCAAUCAAAACCAAGUCAGGAAACUUUGCAUGUGACAUAGCAGUGACAAGGAAUAGAGAAUUAGUUUAUACCGAUCCGGGUACAAGAACUGUAAACAUAGUGAAGAAUAAUCAGAUUAAGGCAGUAAUCAAACUUGAGAGUUGCGAGCCUUACUAUGUUUGUAGUACUGCCUUUGGUGACCUCCUGGUUACAGUAGUUAACGAUGAUGAUAAACAAUCAAUAGUUGUGCGUUAUUCUGGCUCCACAAUAAAACAAACCAUUCAGUUUGAUAGUGAAGGUAUACCUCUGUACUCACCCGGUUACUUCUCAAAAUACAUGAGUGAGAACGGGAACCUGGAUAUCUGUGUGGCAGACAAUGGAGCCAAUGCAGUAGUGGUGGUAAACAAAGCCGGAGAACUCCGAUUUAAAUACACUGGUCAUCAUUCUUCUAACAACCUGGUGGAAUUUUCUCCAACUGGCAUCACAACAGACAGUCAGAGUCGCAUCCUUACGUCAGAACAUCAUAACAAUCGUAUCCACAUCCUCCAUAAGGAUGGAGAUCUUCUUUAUUACAUUCAUUACAUAGGCAAUCCAUACGGUUUAUGUUUAGACACUAACGACAAUCUUUUCGUGGCUCAGCACUGGGAAGGGAAAGUGGCAAAAGUCAAAUAUUUGUAA